AUGCGGGAUGAUCGACAACAAAAGAACAACAAAUAUUCUGCAGUCUUCCACGCGCCCUUCCACCCUACCUCGGCUCCCAUGUACAUUGCUGUUCUCUGGCAAUUAGUACUCGGUGGCCUCCUGGUGUCCGUUGCCGCGGCCACGCCAAAGAGGAGUCGGCGACAGAGUGGUGCCAGUAAUGUCCCUUCGCAAUUUGUCACGACUCAGAAUGGAAAAUUCGUGGUGAACGGAAGUGCCUUGAAGGUCGUCGGAACGAAUGCAUAUUGGUUGCAUGCUCUCAACACUGAUGAAGACAUUGAUAACACGUUGGCGAGCAUAGCCGCUGUUGGCAUCAAGGUUGUAAGAACAUGGGCGUUCAAUGAUGUUAAUGUUAUUCCCCAGAACGGGACAUGGUUCCAGCUUGUUGCCAACGGCACAACCUCAGUCAAUACGGGACCGAACGGCCUCCAAAAGCUGGAUACGGUCGUUCGACUCGCUGAAAAGCACGGCAUACUGCUUCACAUGGCACUCACGAAUAAUUGGAACCCGUUGCCCUUGGUUGAUGGCCCAGACGGUUUCACAAGGCGCGACGUUACAAAGGGUACCAACAACAAGUUCCCAAGGAAUACAUUGAGCAAUGAUUAUGGCGGCAUGGAUGUUUAUAUUCGAGAGUUUAACGCCCCCCGAAAGCAUGACCAAUUUUAUGUUAACGAGACCCUCAUUAAUGCUUUCAAAAACUACACGACUCAAAUUGUAUCUCGCUACGUCAACAGCCCUGCAAUUUUUGCCUGGGAGAUCGCUAAUGACCCAAGAUGCAAUUCAACUCUUCCCGCAGCGUCUACAUGCACCACCACAACUGUCACAAAUUGGCACUCUACGAUUGCCCAACAUGUCAAAUCGGUAGAUCCUAACCACCUCGUGUCUUCGGGGAACCAAGGAUUCUUUUGCGUCGACUGUCCAAAACUUUUCCCCUCAACUCCCACUCCGCCUACACCGCAGGUCUCAUCCGCGCCCGGAACGAGACGACGAGGUCUCCCAAGGUUUCUCACGAAAGCAAGGCUAUUGCAGGAUCGCACAGAGGCCCUGAAGAAGACCAGGAACUUGCAGAAACGUUCUAGCCCUCCAGCAGGAGGUGUUAAAGUUCGUGGACGUUGGGUCGCUACUCCGACGAGACGUCAAGACGAUGUAGGCGUCGGAUCGGCCUUUGAUGGGUCACAGGGCGUUGACAGCGAAGACAUCCUCAACAUACCCGAGAUCGGGUUCGGUUCCUUCCAGCUCUUUCCGGACCAGGUUUCGUAUGGACCCGUUGAUCCGAAUCUCCCAGCUUUCAAUAAUACUGUGCAAACCGGUAUAGACUGGAUAAAGCGUCAUGCUGAAGCGGGACUAGCCGCCGGAAAGCCUGUUUCUCUCGUAGGGUUUGGUCUGGUCACGCAAGCAAACCUCCCCUUCUUUGUCCCGUUCAAUACCACCGUUGGCCCAGACCAAAGCACUUCUUCUCUAUCCACUCGGCAAGAUCAACAGGCAAUCGGUGUCUCUGACGGCCAAAGAGACGACGCUUAUUCUCAAUGGCUCAAUGCCGGUUUGUUGGCGGGCCUGUCAAGCAUGGUACAAUACCAGUGGUCCCAAGGAGACUUAACAGAGCAAGAUGGGACUGUGGUAUCAUCUUCCCAGACUGAGACAGGUGUUUCUUCUACCGUGACGGGUACCGGCGUGUCUCCAAACGAUGGUUACGGCAUCAAUGGUGUAGGACAAGUGGACGCUCAGGACACAAUUUCGGAAGCAUCACAAGCAUUUGGGUCGGAUAGUUGAAGAUCUUUACGUUGAAAUCACAUAUACGAACAUAAGACACUUUUCCCUUGCUUUCAUUUCGCUUUCAUUCCCAUUAAUUGGACUCCUCUUAGCCCUACAUUCGAACCUUGUACGAGUAACGACCUACUUACAUUAGAAUACAUUGAUGUGACUUGUUUG